AUGGACGAUUCUGGUAACGAUAUUGGAGAGCAGCUCCGCACAAAAAUCAACUCCCUGAGAACACAGCUAGCCACACUCAAGGACAGCGCGCGCAGUGCCAUACAGGACGAUGAUAUAGCCCGCUUAGCUCUAUUGCAGGGCAAGGUCACCGAGAUCUCAGGGGCACUUACAUCUCUAAAAGCUGAGUUCAAAGCUCUUACGUUAUCUGACAACCUAACACGUGAGCUAGAUCAGCUUUUAGUGUUUUUAGAGACAGGUGUUAACAGUCUUAAGAGCGAGCUCAGACAGGCAGACCGCGGGCCGGUAGUGACGACAGUUGACGUACCCACUGUCGUAACCCGAGAGGUGCUGCAGACUCUCGAUACAAAGAAGGACAACGAAAUACUAAAGUUGGCGGAUAAUGUGAAGAUAAUCGCCGAGGUUAACAAUCGUAUCAAUGAGAAGCUGGAUGAGGGGGCAGAGGUCAUGGAGGAUGUUGACACGGAAAUAGUGGCAGCGCAGGAAAAGAUUGACCAGGCUGUGGGUAGAAUGAAGCUCUUCCAGAGCUACAUGAAGAAAACAAAGGUCCCUGCCUCUGUCUGCAUUCUUACCUUCAUUUUCCUGAUUAUCGUUUGGUCGUCUAAAGCAUUCUGCUCAUGGGGAUUCACGUGGCAGUGUCCUUAA